AUAAUGGACAGAAAACCGUAGUCUUACACGCCGGUGGCGGAAUGAUGUUCUUAUUAGCCAUGUUGCUCCGGAGUAGGCUCUCCCACCGGUUGAACCAGAGCCGGAGCUUCGUGGACGCGAAGGUCAAGUGGGUUCGUGACCCAUACCUAGACCAUGCGGUUGAGAGAGAGAAGGACCUCAAACAGAUCCUCUCCCUCAAAAACCAAAUCGUUUCUUCUCCGUCCAAAUCCCUUCCCGUCGCUUCCAUUUCUCCUCUCAAAGCCCAUCUCAAUCUCCCGACCACUGCCUCCAAACUUUUCCAGAAAUUCCCCUCCUUUUUCUCCCAAUUCCAGCCCUCUCCCUCCCUCCCUCUCCAUGUCAAGCUCACCCCUCAAGCGAUGACCCUCCACAAAGAAGAACUAGCCAUUCACAGUUCGGCGUCUCACCGUACCGACGCCGUCAAAAGGCUGGCGAAGUUCUUGAUGCUCACUAGAGCAACAAGACUGCCUCUGCAUAUCAUAGACAGGUUCAAGUUUGAUCUGGGUCUUCCUCAUAAUUACGUUGCUUUUCUUCUAUCUGAUUAUCCUGAUUAUUUUCAAAUUUGUGAAAGUGAAGACCUUUUUGGUGAAAAAGGGUCCCUUGUGCUGGAGCUUGUUUCCUGGAGGAAUGAAUUUGCGGUGUCUGAAAUGGAAUGGAGAAACGGGGGUGGUGUAACUGCACCGCACCUCGGACCUGCCCUUACAGGUGGGUUGGGCAUGGAGAAAGGAAUGCCCAUAAGGUUUUCGAUGCAAUUACCAAGAGGGUUUGAUUUGGAGAAGAAGGUUCAGAAUUGGGUUCAGGAGUGGCAAAAUUUGCCCUACAUUUCACCAUAUGAGAAUGCAUUUCAUCUGGGGCCAAGUAGUGAUCAGGCUGAGAAGUGGACGGUGGCAGUGCUUCAUGAACUGAUGUGGCUCUUGGUGUCAAAGAAAACAGAGAGGGAGAAUCUGUUUUGUUUAGGAGAGUACUUAGGCUUUGGGGAUAGAUUUAAGAAGGCAUUGAGGCAUCAUCCAGGGAUUUUUUACAUUUCAAAUAAGAUUAGGACACAAACUGUGGUGCUUAGGGAAGCAUAUAGGAAGGACUUUUUGGUGGAGAAGCAUCCAUUAAUGGGAAUGAGAUAUAGGUACAUUCAUCUUAUAAACAAGUCCGAGAAAUGGAGAAACCAUGGAAGUGCCUUAGCUUCUAGGAGUAAAAGACAAACAAUGCCAUCUGCUGGAAAAAGGAAAGCCAAGAAGGGAUCUGAUAAGAGCAUGGAGGAAAGAGAGUCUAGUGGGUCAUUGAAUUUAGAGGUCGAAAAUGAUGCUGCUGACAAGGCAAUCGAAAUGGAGAUAUAGAUAGAGAAGGUAAAAUAAUAAGGAUGGUAACCUUUGACCUGGUUCUAUCGAAUUGGGAUUUGAGAUCGUGUAACAUGAUUUGUUUUUUGCAUAUUCCCCAUGUUAUUCUUAGAACUUGCACUAUUUUGUUUUCCAGCCAAGGCUUUUGAAAAUGCACCUGAAUGGCCACGAUGAGGAUAUAUGAUAUGGCAACAGAAAAUUUUAGAGGCACAAGCUGAGAUAAAGGAUUUGAACUUUACCUUUGGGAUACCAUAAACAUAAAACUGGAUGUAAUAAGCAAAGCCAGUUUAAUAGUUCAGAAUUCUGAUUGCUUUGGAAUCUAGUGAUGUUGCUAUUGAUGAAGCGGUGCUGCUGGAGAAAUGAAUGGAGGUAAUAAAGAAAUCUAUUUUCAUUUUGAGACAACUUCUGUGCAUGAGCUAUCAUGGCAAAAAAUUUCCCACAUUCAUUGGCAAGAAGGAAAAGAUGCAAGAGGUAUUGAUCUAAUGAGAUGCAGCAGAGAAUUGCUUGAUGGUAGAAAACUGAGGGAGGGCUACCUCACAAGGACAGCAAGAUUUUUUCUUAACAAAUCUCAAUGUGAAGAGACGUCAUUUUGACAGGAGGACUAUAUUUUACGAUCAGCUUUCUCCCAAGUUUGUUCUGUUUUAGAAAUUUGAUCAUACCUUGAUAUUUCUGGAGCUUUUUUCAUCUUCACUCUUUGAUGUCCGGGUACGAAGCAACAUUGACCAAGCUCCAGAAAUAUCAAGGUUUGGUCAAAUUUUGCUGAAACAAAACAAAGUUGGGAGAAAGCAACAUUGACCAAGCCAUAGAGUUUUGUUGAUAUUUGAUUAGUUUAUUAUUUUUUAACAGUUAAUUAUAAUAUAUGAAAAUAUUUAUU